UAGCAUCGCUACGAAUCGUAUCCCUCUACCUAAGCUUAGCUAAUCCUAACAUUAUAACAAACGCAGCUCAAACACCUAACUCUUGCCUCCUCCGCAAUCCCCACCACACACAACACGGUGACGACCUAAAACUGGCCCCUCCAUCCCUCCUGCCACAGUGCUCUCAAGUCCGAUCUCAUCCUGUCCCACCGAGAAAGAACGAGAAUGCCGCGCCACCUGAUGCAGCAGUCCGUCGACCGCCUGGCCGCGAUGGCCGCCCCGCCGGUGGCCGGCGGUGGGACGAGCGUGCACACGGACACGCUGCUCAUCCUGUCGGCGGUGCUCUGUUUCCUGCUCUGCGUGGUCGGGUUGGCCAUGGUCGCCCGCUGCUCCCGCAUGUGCAACCCCUCCGCCUUCUCCGUCGAGUACGUGCCGGGCGCAAUGGCCAAGGCGCCGUGCAAGGGGAUGAAGAAGAAGGCGCUGGAGUCGCUGCCGACCAUGUCGUGGCAGCCGGAGCCGAGGAAGGUGGACGAGGAGCGGCCGGAAUGCGCCAUAUGCCUGGCGGAGUUCACGCGCGGCGACGAGGUGCGCGUGCUUCCGACGUGCGGCCACGGCUUCCACGCCGCCUGCGUCGACGUGUGGCUCCUGUCCAGCUCCACCUGCCCCUCCUGCCGCCGCGCCCUCGUCGUCGCGGCCGCCCCCUCGCCGGCAGCCACCGAGUCGCCCCCUGCUCAGACGUGCUGCGAGCGGGCCGACACCGUCGCGGCUGCGCAGGCCUCGGCCGCCGGCGCUGUAGCCGACGAGACCGGACAGGGCGCGUCCACCUCUGACCUUUCUUCUGUCAGCUAGCUCUUUUGGUUGGUACUUUGUGUAGCUGGUAGGUACACGUACGUACAAAAUGCACCUGUACCGCGUGCGAUCGUGCAUCACUCGGCUAAUUUCUGCCUGUAACAUAUUUCAUCUGUAAAUACUUGUGUAGAUCGGUCACUUUCAGUUGAUUGAUUACUAACAAAAUCUGG